AUUAUCACAGAUGUUCUUUUGUCUAUAUUAUAUAAAAUAGGCCUAGCUCGGAAAUUAGUUACUUCGACAGCAUGAAGCUGAUUGGUUUAGUGAUUUUCGGGUGCCUUAUCGCUGCGCAGGCGUACCCAACUUUGGGGCCUGUCGCUCUCGGCUCUGGCGUAGUAACAGAAGUGGCCCUCGGAGCUGGCGUAGCAACAGAGGUGGCUGGUUCUGGAGCUGCUACAGCAGCAGUUGGCGCAUCCCUUGCUACAGGAGCAAGUCUAGGACAUGGAGUAACUGGUACCGGACUUACCAACGGAAUUGUGAGCCAUGGAAUCUCCGUUGAUGUGUUUAUCAGCACAUUACAAACAGCUUAUGGUUCGGUGAAAACUAGUGAUAGUUCCGUAUGUGGUGGAUUGACUGCAGCAUUCCAAAUAGCGCUUGAAACUUGCAGAGGCAAAGAAGCAUUUAUCAAUGAUGCCUUCAUCACAGCAUUCAAGACAGCCUUAGCCGCGAAAAAGGCGAAAGAGGAAUUAGUUUUCUAUCACUUUAUUAGCGCUUUCAGAUCUGCUGUAGAAGUCGCGAAGGUCAAAGAAUGCCUGAUCUCCGAAGGGUUCUUGACUUCAUUCAAAUUAGCGUUGGAAGCAAAGAAGACUGUUUUGGGUGCCGGUUUUCUAAAUGCUUUUAACUGUGGGUUCUGGCCUGGUGGUAUUUUCCAAGGAAAGGUUCAUAAAAGCUUUUCGGUGGACAUUUUCGUGCAAACUAUAUUUUCCAUCUUUGGGGCUAAAGAUGGUCUAAUAACUGGUGUUUUAAUCCAGAAGUCACUUAAAACCUUUGGUAAAUGUAAAGGUCUACCAUCUACAUUUGUGCCAGCUUGGAAAAAGGCUUUUGAUUCAUGUAUAGGCGGAGGAAGUUCCGUUUCUGUAGACGUUUUUAUAUCUGCUUUUAAGAAGACUUCAGGGUGGAAAUCAGUGCCUAUACACUGCUUAAAGGCUAUAAAAUCUCCAGAAAAUCUUGGUGCCUUCCCAGAUGGAGGAGGAGACAAACUUAAUUCAGCUUUUCCAGGAUUGGAUGGAUUAACAACUAACCCCGCACCCGGUUCCGAUUCUGAUUAUCCAGAUGAUCCUUCUAAUAUUCCUGAUCCCGAACCAGCUGGCCCAGGUUCUAAUCCUGAAUCACCAACUAGUCCUGAAAGCACUCCAGACCUUGGUGAUUCUUCCCCAACGAACCCCGAGUCUCCUGAUUCAACAUUGCCUAGUGACGAUGGUUCACCAUCUAAUACUCCUACAACUGGCGAUGACUCUGUAACUAAUGAAGACGCAACUCAACCUGAUGUACCUACAACAGCUUUAGUAAAUAAUAAACCCUCAAAGGACAAACCUAUUUUGCCAGGUCUAGGUGAUGCCCCAUCUGGAUCACCAGGUGAUGCAAACCCAAAACAAAAUCCCGGAGAUGCUGCCACUGCUACAUCCACCGCGGGUAGUGAAGCAAACGCUGGAAAAGAUGGAGCUGUUGCUAAAUCAGGAGCAGGCAGUGCUGCUACAUCUGGAAAAGAUGGAGCUGUAGCUAAAUCAGUAGCAGGUAGUGCUGCACAAGCUGGAAAAGAUGGAGCUGUUGCUAAAUCAGUAGCCGGCAGUACUGCACAAGCUGGAAAAGAUGGAGCUGUUGCUAAAUCAGUAGCAGGUAGUACUGCACAAACUGGAAAAGAUGGAGCUGUAGCUAAAUCAGUAGCAGGUAGUGCUGCACAAGCUGGAAAAGAUGGAGCUGUUGCUAAAUCAGGAGCAGGCAGUGCUGCUACAUCUGGAAAAGAUGGAGCUGUAGCUAAAUCAGUAGCAGGUAGUGCUGCACAAGCUGGAAAAGAUGGAGCUGUUGCUAAAUCAGUAGCCGGUAGUACUGCACAAGCUGGAAAAGAUGGAGCUGUUGCUAAAUCAGUAGCAGGUAGUACUGCACAAACUGGAAAAGAUGGAGCUGUUGCUAAAUCAGUAGCAGGUAGUGCUGCUACGGCUGGUAAAGGUGGAGCUGCUGCUACAUCUGUAGCAGGUAGUGCUGCACAAGCUGGUAAAGGUGGAGCUGCUGCUACAUCAGUGGCAGGUAGUGCGGCAACGGCUGGAAAAGGUGGAAGCACCGCUGUAGCUGGCAGCGCCGCGUCUGCGGUCUCUAAUGGUUCUGGUGGUACAGCUGCUGCAACAGCAGCCAGCGCGGCAGCUUCUGGAAAAAAUGGAUCCGCUGUUGCAAGCGGUACUGCUACUGCUGUGGCUUCUGGCACAGGCGGUGAUAGCACGCCAGAGCCUUGUGGUGACGGUGGACUUGUAGCACAGAAGAAAGCUGGGAUUUCGUUAGGCGCAAACUUAGCAACAAGCCUUACCGGCUAAUCCUUUUAUUAAAUAUAUGUAUUAUUUGUC